AUGAUUCGUCACCACUUCGGCUGGUCAGCUCUUCAACUUGUUUUUCUUGGUUUUGCCAACCAGUAUGGUGAAUUGGCGACAGCAAUAAACAAUGAAGAUAUCCUAACUUUAUGGAUGGAGGAGUUAAAGUACAGGCUUCAACACGAUUUCAGGCCGUUCUUUGUCUUCUGGGGCCUGCCAUUGGUGGCUAGGAGCUCGAGUGAAAAUAAUCAUGAUUAUACUGCCAUGCCAAACAGAAUUGAAUCAGGCAAGAGCAACACUGAGCAAAUGUUGCCAGGCUUCUUGCCCGUUGAUCUUGUUACCAAUCUGGCACCAGAGCGUCUGCUUCGUGUAGCUAAGCAAUUCGGAGUUGAUCUUGAUGACACAACAAAGAAUACGAAGAAUUUGUCUAUUCCUUCGGAUGCCCCUCAGUUAGGCUCUAUGGGUUGGCGUAAGAAGGUGGCCAGUGGUGUACUUAGCUGGUGGCCCUGUCAGGAUCGAGACCUUUCUCCGCACCAAGCAGGCUUCUCUCGAGUCUCGGAAAUUCAGGUGUCGACAGAUGAUGAUAAUGAAGAUACCAAAUACGAAGAGGAGGAUGAGGAAGAAGAGAGUCAUCCACAGAGCAAUGAGAAACAUUCAAGGAUGGGACUUAUUCAGCUUACACCAUUCUCUUACGCAAAGCCGAGCCAAGCAUCUGAAAUCAGCCAAAAGCUGACCUUCAUACAUCGGCGGGACGAUAGUUUGGCUGCCUUUUCAUGUCACUCUAUCCACACCGAGCGACAGCACCUCACCUUUCUCGUCGUACCUUCAGAUCGGUCACCCCUAACGCAUCACUUCUCCUUCUUAUCAUGCGCAGAUAAGCCCGAUGCCUGA